UAUGUUUAGCUAGUUACAAUUUAUACCUAACAAUUAUUUAGUGGCUUUAAUGAAAACACCAAACAACCAAAACACCAAAUAAAAGACAAAAUAAAACAAAGUUCAAUUUAUAACAAAACUAACGAAUAUACGUUUAGGGAAUUUCAAUAUUGUUAAGCAUAUUUCGGAUAUUAAGUUUAGAGCAAAUAUACAUAUAUAUACACACACAUCCAUAUAUACAUAUAUAUAUAUACAUAUAAAUAUUAAAAGGCAAACCGCCUUGCACACUGCAGCCCCCCGUCGAAAAGCCCAAAAAUCAAAUUCAUUCAGAAAACGUGCCAUAAAACCGGACGGCCAAAACGUCGCCAAAUGUCAAAGUCAUAAAGAGAGCGUCAGAGAGAGAGUUGAAAGCACAACAAUAAAAGAGAAAGAGAGAGCGCCAAAAAGCAUUCUACACGACACUAAAGCACUGCUAGAGCUCAACGAAAAAGCUCAGCUCAGUUGAGCUGCGCAUAGCCAAGACACAAACCCAAAACGCAAAAUGGCGACAACAACCACAACAACGACAACACAUCACGACGAUGCGAGCAGCAUGAGCGACGAUGUCUUCGAGGAUGCGGAAACGACAAAGGCACGCAUCGAAGAGCUGCGUCGUCGUCCUUUCGGCGAUGGCUGCUACAAUCCGCCCGCAGCGCCCAUUUCCCAGCACCAGCAACACCAACAGCAUCAGCACCAUCAUCAUCAUCAUCCCAACACAAAUCACAACAACCGAGGCAGCCAGCAAAGUUUAACGAGCAGCCAUCACUAUCAUGACGAUGCCAUCAUGGCGCCCGUACAGCGCACUGCCAGCGGAUAUCCUGGAUAUCGUCCGUCUCGCGAGGCCAUGCAAUUGUAUGCGUACGGCAAUGCGGACUACGAUCUGGAGGAUGACUACGACGAUGGCUGGCGGUCGUAUCGCUACGACGAGGUGGACAUGCAUCAGUCACAGCCAACCGCUAAUCUGCAGCCCUUUGAUGAUACCAUCAAUCAUAAGACGAUCCUGCUCGGUGAUUCGGGCGUGGGCAAAACCUCCUUUCUAGUCAAAUACAAUACGGGUGAAUUUCGCUUGGGUUCAUUCUCGGCCACUGUUGGAAUUGCGCUGACGAACAAAGUGGUCGUCGUCGAUGGCACGCGCGUCAAAUUGCAAAUCUGGGACACAGCUGGCCAGGAACGUUUCCGUAGCGUGACGCACGCCUACUAUCGCGAUGCACAUGCGCUGCUCUUGCUGUACGACGUCACCAACAAGACCACCUACGAUAAUAUACGCGCCUGGCUGGGCGAGAUACGAGAGUAUGCACAGGAGGAUGUGGUCAUCGUUUUAAUAGGCAACAAGGCCGAUUGCAGCAGCAGCGAACGACAGGUGAAACGGGAGGAUGGCGAACGACUUGGACGUGAGCACAAUGUGCCGUUCAUGGAGACAUCGGCCAAGACGGGACUCAAUGUGGAGCUGGCAUUCACAGCGGUCGCCAGGCAGCUGAAGAGUCGCGGCUACGAGCAUGGCGAUGAUGGAAAAUUCAAUGUGCAUGAUUUUGUGCGUGACAAUACAAAGGCUCGAUCCGUUUGCGCUCAAUGCAGGAACAUGUAAUUUGUUAAUGCCCCGCAACCGUCCCCGCCCCCUAAAAGCACACAAUGAAAACUUGCACAAAACCAAACAAAAUAAAUAAACAAAAAAAAUCAACAAAGAGAAGCUCACAAAACAAUGCGCAAAUUUGUACAACAAAAAAACCAAAAAAAAAAAAAGAAUAUUUCCAUAUAAAACCGAAACGACAACAACAAAAAGAUAUUGGCUAUUGAGAGGAGCACGCGUUGGCAACACAGCUUUUUAUAAGGCCCUGACCUUAGAGGUAAAGUGAGAGCGAGAGGAGAGCUGUGGCUAGCAUUUUGUAUGUAAAUUGAAUAUUGCCUGGCAUUUUUUCAGAAGGGAGAUGUAUAAUUUUUUACAUACACACACAAAAAAACAAACGUUGCUCACGAUGUGAGAGAAUUUUUGCUGGGGAAAUGUGAAGAAGAUCAGAGUGCAUUGUGUUGGCAUUUUGAUAGCAGAAAUAAAUAAUAAUGAAUAAUAUAUACAUAUACAUUGAAUACAAUAUAUACAUAUAUAUAUUAUAUAUAUCUAUAUACAAGUGCAUACUUUAUUUUUGUCGGGGACAAUGGCGAGAAGUCCCUGUUGGGGGUAAGAAACUAAUUCGUGGCGAAAAUUCGCAUCGCGCAGCAAAAUCAUGCAACAUUGAGAUUUGUCCAACACGUCUACAAGAAUGGGAAAUGGCUAAGACGACAUGCAUAAUUCGUAUUUAAUAUAAUAGCGCUGUUAGUGGCCAUACAAUAUGUGAAAUAUGUACUACAAAAAAUGAAUGUAACAAUACAUACAUAAUCUACAUAUAAAGUAUACUUUACACAUACAUACAUAUAAAAAAACAAAGGCAUUGCCAUGAGAGCAACCUACCUAGAUUGAACCAAACCCAAUUAAUGACAAAACAAUCACUCAAUUUACCUUAACUGAAGAUACGAAAAACAACAACAACAACAAAAACUACCAACUAUUUAAUUAUGUAUGUAAAUUUAUUGAGACUAUUUCGUUUAUUUUUAUGAAAUCGUUAAGUGUUAUGCCUACCGUUAAGUUUUAAUCCCACACAAACAAAACAAAAAAUACGCACACAAAAAAAAAAACAAACAAAACAGAAAUGUUUAAUACUAUUACUAUUUUAAAUUAUUUACACAAUCAAAGAAAACCCCAAGAAAUUUAACUAUUAAAUACUCUAUGCAAUUAAGUUAGUUAAAACUCUAUGUAAAACUUUCGGCAUGCUCUAUAUGCAAUACAUAAGACAAAAAAAAAGAAAAA